AUGUCCUCGCCCCGCACUGACUCGCACGGCAACACGCCGCUGCACCUGGCGGUGUGCCAGGCCGCCGUGCCCUGGGAGGUGGUGCUGGACCUGGUGGAGCGCGGCGCCCGCAUCGCCGCGCCCAACAAGGAGGGCGUGACGCCGGCCGACCUGGCGCCCGCGGGGCUGCUGGCGCGCCUGCAGGACCAGAUGCUGGCCGAGUGCUGGAUGGGCUUCCACAACCACCACGGCGGCCACGGCGGCGCGCACGGGGGGCCGGCGCAGGCGCCGCAGCCCGGCGCGCCCGCGGCCUCGGCGCCCGCCCCGCAGCCCAUGACGAUCGGCGCGGACCCGCCCAGCACGGGGGCCUCGUCGAUGGGGCGCGGCGAGCGCGGCGACCGGGAGUCGUCCAGCGCCCGGGGCUCGGGCACCAACACGGCGCGCAUCCUGCGCAAGCUCCGGCCCGCCGCCUCCAUCGCCGGCGAGCGCGAGCGGGAGCGCGAGAGGGAGCGCGCGCAGCGGGCCGAGUCCACCGAGGAGGCCUCGUCCGUGUCCUGCGAGCUGAUGGCGCGCUCGUCCACGGGCUCGGUGCACAGCAGGGCCUCCAACGCGCAGCAGGCGCGCGCCGCGGCCAGCCCCGAGCCACAGCGGGACGGCGAGCAGACGCUGGGGGCGCGCGGGGAGACGAGGAGGAAGCUCAAGAGGAGGCACUGGCGGUCCAAGCCGACGGCCUGCGUCACAGAGCGCAGCCCGACCAUCGACGCGGAGCGCAGCUUCCAGGUGCUGCUGCAGAUGGCGCGCAACCCCGAGUGCCUGGGCCACCUGCUGCGCGGGCUGCUCGCCAACAUCCCGGCGCUGCUGCGCCUCCUGCAGACCCUCAACGACCCGCCGCUGCACCGCAACAUGGCGGGGCUGCUGCACACCGUGCUCAAGACUGCACUGGACGCGUUCGGGACGAACGGCGUCGGUCAGGAGCAGGGGCCCGCGGGCGGGCCCUGCCCCCGGCAGACGUCCACUCCGGUGCACGGCCCCGCCCCGGCUGCCCCACCGCCGCCACCGCCGCCGCCGUCCGCCCCCGCCGCCUCCGGGCCGCAGCCGCCGCCGGAGCCGACGCCCGAGCAGCUGGAGCUGAGCGCCGCGCUGUGCCUGCUGCUGCGCGUCUGCCUCAGCCUCAUCCACGGCGUGCACGACCUGCAGUACACGGCCAUGGUGACCAUCAACAAGGUGAUCGACGCGUGCGUCGUGCACCGCCUCACGCACGUCAAGGUGCGGCUCGCCUCGGCGCUGCGGCACCCCUGCGCCCGCCGGUUGGCCAAGGAGGACGCGGAGGUCGGCGCUGGCGGCGCCCCCACAGCGGCGAGCAGGGGGGAGGCCGUCGCACCCGGUGCUGGCACCGGGAGCACGCCGACGACGAGGGCCAGCGCCGCCAACCGGCUGCAGAAGUCGGGCGCCAAGCGGCUGGGCUCGGUGUGGAGGACCAUGGCGGGCGAGCAGAUGGAGCAGGCGCGCCGCACGCUGGCCGACCAGGAGGCCGCCCGAGAGGAGGCCGCGCAAGUUGUGUGCGUCGCGGACGUGCUGUCGUCGGUGCACGCGCUCUCGGUGCUCAACAUCCUGCACAACGCCCUGACGCUCUACAAGCGCGUGGUGGGCAGCAAGCAGCAGUGCUCCCCCAGCCAGAGGUGGCGCCACUGCAGCUACCACUGUCUGCAGCUGCUGGCGGCGCGGGCGCUGCUCUUCAUGGUGGAGGGCCAGGCCGUGCAGCAGCAGCUGGCGCAGGAGCCGCAGCUGCGCAUCCUGGCCGCCGCCCUCGACUCGACCCACGACCCGCAACUGCUGGUGCUGGUGCUGCAGAUCGUGGCCACGCUGGCGCUGGACCCGUCGCACCACCGCGCCCUCGUGGAGCAGGGGCUGCCGGACGUGCUCUCGCAGCUGCUGCUGCCCUCGGACGAGUGGUACUACACGAACCACUCCACCAAGUACGCGCGCUUCGUCAAGCACCACGCCGCGCGCGCACUCGUCUACCUGGGCCUGCAACACCGCGUCAACCUGCGCUUCUCCGUGUACGACAUCCUCACGGAUGAUGCCCCGCCGCCGACGCCGCUCAACGAGUCCGUCGAGGACUCGUACAUCACGCACACGUCCGCCCCGCCCAACAUCGUCCUGGACAAGGACACCGGCAAGAUCCUGGGGCUGUCCGUGGAGGGCGCCGUGCUCUACAUGCUUAAGGCCUUUGAGGUUUCUCUCGCGCAGACGGCCGCCUCGUCCACCGCCACCACGACCAUGGCCAACUCCACCGAGAUGUCGACCCUCCAGUGGGUCGUGAGCGGGACCACACACCGCGCUGUGGUGCCCACGGCGCCGGGACGGCAGCGCGGCGUGGGCGACAAGAGCGACCCCUGCUCGCCGCUGUUCGUGCAGACGCUGAUGGCGUGCCUGCCGAGCGUGGUGAGCCCCGUGAUCCUGCUGCGCAUGCUGCUGCACCGACUGCUCACCACGGCCGCGCCGCUGUCGCGCUGGAAGUCGUGCGCCUCGAGGUCGUCGUUCGCCUCGGCCUCGGUGCACGACGCGCCGCGGUCGCCGCGCAGCCGCGCCUCUUCCACGGACACGGAGCCGUCGUCGCUGCGGAAGCGGCGGAAGGUGAACCUGACCGUCGACUGCUCCGGCCUGGCGGUCGACUCCACGGCCGCGACGGCCACCUCUGUCGAGGACAGCCACCUCCCCGGACACUGCCCCGUGCAGCCCGCCACGCUGGCCGCGGCGCUGCGCUCGCGCCAACUGCAGCAGCCGCAGCUCAGACUCUGCGGCCUGCCCUACGCGCCGCACUGCGCGCCGCACAGCUCGGACGGCCGCGUGUCAGCCCCUGCGGCACCCCCGGCCCCGCCUCGCACCGCCGAGUGCCUCGUAGGCCUGGGGGUGGGCGUCGAACCCGCCCUGGCAAUGCAGACCACUCUGUUCGCCUUCUCGCACCUCCUGGGCCAGGCGCAGGCGCAGGCCGCAGACAGCCGCCUGGGGUCCCUGGUGCCCCGGGACUCGGGCAGCUCGGCGACGGGGCUGGGCAUCGAGCCGGCCAUGCAGAGCACCUUGUACGCCUUCUCCCACCUGCUGAGGAACGCCGCCUCGCGGGAGAGCCUCGCCUCCGCCCCCUCCUCCGUGUCGCCGCCCCCGGGCUCGCCCGGCCUGGGGGCGGGCAUCGGGGGCGGCCUGGGGGCGGGCCUGCUGCUCCCCAACUUCACCCUCCACCUGCACCACAAGCCCAGGGCGUCCUUCAGUCUGUCGUCCUGCCGCGGGCUGGCCGUGCCGCUGCAGUGGAAGCCCCGCUCCAAGUCCCAUGCCAAUAUAGCGGACGACACUGGCGGCUUGGUGGUACCCGACAAUUUGUUCUCCACGCUCCGCCAGUCGAACAAGAGGCGCUCCAAGUCUCACGCCAACAUCGCCAAGGCGGUGCACAAGGACACGCCCGAGCAGGAGAUCCUCGCCUUUCAGAAGCAGCUUCAGAAUUUGCCAGACUUCGACUCUCCCGAGCACCCGACGCCCGGUGGCACGACCUCGUCCGACCCCGCCACAGCCGCGGCCGAGUUCCUGGCGAACCGGCCGUACCUCCGUCCGCGGUCGCGGUCCAUGCCCCGGGUCACGUACGAGUCGUCGCGCUACCUGACCCUCCCGGACACGACGCCGUGGCCCUCGUCGGGAGGCUCCCUCCGCCUGCCCCGCGGCCGGUCCGUGGGCGCGCUCGGCGGCGGGAUCGGCGUGUUCGGUGCGGGUGUGUUCGGCGGCGCCAUGGGCGCGGGCGCCCCGGGGCUCUGCCAUGCCGCCAGCUCGCCCGCCACCACGCCCGCCGAGGAGAAGGUCCCCGGCGGCGCCACGGCCCCACCCGCCCCGGGCCCCGCGUCCACCGGCACGCCCGCCGUGCUCUCGUGCGCGCCCAACUCCAGGAGGUCGUCGCUGUCGCCGUCGGACCGCGGGCGGCGCCGGGACUCGCCCGCCUGCCUCAUCGUGGAGCUGCCGCCGUGGCAGCGCUCCGUCCUCACGCUCCUCGAGGAGUGGAUGCGCGAGUCGCGCGUCGAGCUGGAGAGGAACGCCCCGCUCUGCCGCGAGAUCCGGGACUUCCAGACCAAGGUGCAGGCGUGCGGCCCGCCCUACCAGCAGUGGUGCGCCGAGCUACGCGCCGAGUUCCCCGCCCUGGCCAGAGACCCGGACCACGAGGGCGAGGAGGACAAGGAGAGCUCCAACCGCGAGUACUGCAAGGUAAGGGACUUCCCUCGGGCCUCACCGUCGGGGACCUGUAUCGAGGUCACCAAGUGCGCCCUCAACAUCCUGCGCUCCUCGCUGCACGCCGCGCACGCCGCGGACGACCAGGACAUACAGCUGGAGGACAGAGGGGAGGCUGCCCAGGUCGGCGGCGUGAAGCAGCACCUGGUGGACGAGGACGGCGUCCGCCCGGCGCAGAGCGUCGUCGUGGAGGACAAGGAGGCAGUGUUGGAGCAACAGGACAGUGACGACCUUUCUUGCGCCGGGCGGCUGGACCCCUUUUGGGAGGACUGCCCCAUCAACGACGACGAAGCCAGCAGCAGUGAGGAGAGCGACGACGAGUCCGACGAGUCUGUCGAGUCUGACGAGUCCGACGAGGACGACGAUGACACUCUCGUGGAAGAUGCGCCCUCGCCCCCGGCGCGCGUCGUGCUGCCCAGCGACACCAGCAUCUGGAAGGCUCUGUCCGGGGACGAGGAUGACCUGGAGGGGGAUCACGCCAGCAGCACGCCCCGACGGAAGAGGCCCGCGGCGGCCGCGGCGGCACAGCGCGCGUCCUGGGCGAGGAAGAAACGCCUGUCGGACCCGAAGAGCAUCUGCAUCCUCUACACCAAGCGCGUCCGACUCGCGUCUUUCUCGCACCUCCUGGACGAGCACGUGAGUAAGAGCAUGAGAGCAGACCGCCCAGUGUCCCUGAAACAGGUCCUGCAGGUGGGGUGA